GUCGUUUAUCAGAUAACAGGGCUUUCUUUAUUUCCCUAAAUAGAAAUAUUUGGGGGGGGGGACUAAUUGCAAAAUAUGUGAAUUUCACACACAAGAAACAUAGCUGAGGAGGAAAUAACUCACUUGUCACUUAUACUUAAACUUUGAUCUGGCAGAUCUGGUUUCCUUGCAGACAAGAAGAUAGAAGUGUUUCAUAGGGCUGUUUUUCUAGUUAGCAUUGUUUUAAUUUGAUCUUAAUUCUCAAGAUAAAAUUAAUAAGCUCUGGUAGGGCAAGUUAGAUUACUGAGUAAGGAAAAUAAAAUGUGGUAAAUUGUAGCGUUAUAAAGCAGGAUCUACAGAAUCAUAAAAUAGUAAUCACAGAAUAUAAAAAUUGUAGGAAAUGGAUCCUAAACUAUAGAAUCCUUCCUGUUCAGCAAUUUUGUUAACAAAUGUGAAAGGAUGAUGCCCAAACCCAAGGGCUUUGAAUUUUGGAAAAACACACUGAGAGAGGCCCGUUUUGUGGUUGCUCCCAUGGUGGAUCAAAGCGAAUUGGCUUGGAGACUGUUAAGUCGCCGUCAUGGGGCCCACCUAUGUUAUACUCCUAUGCUGCAUGCUCAGGUCUUUGUCAGAGAUGCCAAUUAUCGUAAGGAAAACUUGUAUUGUGAAGUGUGUCCUGAAGACAGACCUUUAAUUGUACAGUUCUGUGCCAAUGAUCCAGAAGUGUUUGUCGAGGCUGCCUUGUUAGCUCAAGACUACUGUGAUGCAGUAGACCUGAAUCUGGGGUGUCCUCAGAUGAUUGCAAAAAGAGGUCACUAUGGAGCAUUCCUGCAAGAGGAGUGGGACCUUCUCCAGAGAAUGAUUGCAUUGGCUAAUGAAAAGCUCUCUGUACCUAUUACAUGCAAAAUCCGUGUUUUCCCAGAAAUUAGUAAAACUGUGAAAUAUGCUCAAUUACUGGAGAAAGCUGGUUGUCAACUUCUAACUGUCCAUGGGCGCACUAAAGAACAGAAAGGACCUCUUGUUGGUGUGGCUUCCUGGGAGCACAUACAGGCUGUGAGAAAGGCUGUAAAAAUCCCUGUUUUUGCAAAUGGGAACAUUCAAUACCUCAAAGAUGUGGAAUGGUGUAUUCAGAAGACAGGAGUUCAGGGCGUGAUGAGCGCAGAGGGCAAUCUUCAUAAUCCCGCUUUAUUUGAAGGAAGAAAUCCUGUCGUCUGGGAGGUGGCUGAGGAAUACCUACAAAUAGUACAGCAAUAUCCUUGCCCGUUGUCCUAUGUCAGAGCUCAUCUCUUCAAACUUUGGCAUCACACGUUGCAAGUUCACCAGCAACUACGUGAUGAAUUAGCAAAAGUGAAAACACUGGAAGGACUCGUGGCUGUCAACAGGGAGCUGAAGUUGCAUUGCCAGGAAGAAAUAGCGCAUUUGAAGGAAGAAGAGAAGCCAAAGGGAGGAUUACCUUUCUUUCACUGGAUUUGUCAGCCAUACCUAAGACCAGGGCCUAAGGAAACGUGCAACAAAAAUGCCCCACCUGUCAUAGAAGGAACUACUCGGGGGAAACGAGCUCUGGAGGAUGAAGAAGAUGGGAACUCUGAUUCUCUCUCAAAAAACAAACAAAAGAAGAAAUUAAGGAAUCCCAACAAAAGCUUUGAUCCCUCAUUAAAACCUAAAUAUGCAAAGUGUGAUCAGUGUGGAAAUCCAAAGGGUAAUAAGUGUGUAUUUAAUCUGUGUCGAGGCUGCUGUAAGAAAAGAGCUUUCAGAGAGACAGCAGAUUGUCCUGGUCACGGUCUGCUUUUUAAAACCAAACAUGAAAAGUCUAUUUUGUGGAAAAGUGGUCAAUCCCAUAUGGAAAAUAUUAAGCGGACAACACAGCAAGGUGAGGUGGAGGAAACGAUGUUGCUGAAAGAGGCUAUCAAUGGUGUGGCAUGAAACCUUGGAAAGCCUUCCUGGAUCUUCUGACUGCCCUCCCUCCUCCCUCCCUGGGCCAAAGAAACCUCUGCUUCCAGAACACAGCUGUUGACACCACAAGGCCUGUUUUAAAAUUAAUGACAAAUUUUACUUAAGAAAAAGUUACUUUCUCAGGGAAAAGUCCUGUAAUGGAAAUAAAAGGAUGCAAUUAAAGUUUUCACGCUGUGUUGAAAAGACUGCAAAGACUGAGCCAGAAGUUCUGGCCUUACAAUGCUGCAUUGGAGACAUCUCUAAAGAUACGACCUGCCUGUUUUAAACUUUAUGUAUGGUUUUAAAAUUGGCAAAUAAACCUUUUAUAAAAGUA